AUGAGGAGUAUAGUAUUAUUUGCUAAGUUCUUACUGCUGCAUUUAUUAAAUGCGAAAGAGACAUACAAGUCUCCUAAACAGUUUUUAGAAAGUGAAGUUGAAAGAUUAAAUAAAGCAAACACAGAAUGUUCUUUAAAAAAAAUAACAAGACGCGCUAUAGAAAAACAAAGAUUGACAUUUUUAAAUCAAGAUGUUGAUCAUCCAGAAGUUUGUUUUGUAAAAUAUCUUGUCACUGAAUCUAAAGAUAGUUUAAUGUGGUCUGCACUAGGUACAAUAUAUGAUAAAAAAGGGAAAAAAUUCACAUCCCAGACUAACUUUUGCUUUAAACAGGCCUCAAAACUUGAAGGGAAGUUCUCUAAGUAUAUCAGUGAAUGGAAUUUUCUGGGUCCAUUUCCAAUCGGAAAAACAGAAUUUGAUGGAGAUCCAAUACAAGUUUAUGGUGAUAUCAGGAAUCUUUCAUUGUCUCGAUAUUCCGGGAAAGAAUAUUAUUCUGAAUUGAUGUCAGAAGCAAAAGUAAAAUGGAUGGAAAUUAAACAGAGAAAACUAGAAAGUAUUAUACAAAUCUCUCCUUCAAUUCCAUGGAAUGAUUUAGUUAGCUCCCUUGGUUCUCUGGGAAUAACUGAGUGGCAAGGCUGGCUAGUUGGUGAUAUAGCUGUUAAUGUGGACAGUACUCUAUUAUUUCAAUGUAUUGGUGUAUCUACAUUCUAUGUGAAUGAUGUCCAAUUAACUGGGGAUGUCUAUCAUCGAGAACGAUAUUGGUUUUCUGUUCAUCUUACUCGUGGUGUUCACACAGUUUAUGUGCCAAUUCGAACUAAAGUGGCUGCCAAUAUCAAAUGUUCAUUCAAAGCCAUGAAGAAAACAUUUGAAAUUUUAGAUCCUAAAUUUUUACCCGAUCUAUACGAUGGUUAUAUUUUUGGCCGAUAUUUUACUCUUCCUGUUUCAAACUAUCAUCCAACAAAAUGGUUAAAAAAUAUCAAAAUUACACGACAUGGUGGUUUGAGUUCAAUGAUAAAGGUGAAGGCCAUUGAAUCUAGUGUUUCCAUAGCACCUGGACAGACUCGGCCAAUAAUCAUCAAGCUAUCAUCAGAUUCCUUAGUAACAUCAACAUGUAAAGAAGGGGGAAUUAAUUUUGAAAUUAAGAUUUCUACAUCAGAAGGUAGUGAAACUAUGGGUAUGAAUCUAAGAUGUCGAGGGAUUGAUCAGUCUGUGGUUUUCAGUUUCAUGAAUCAUGAUGGAUCCAUACAGCAUGCUGCUACUAUUAAACCUAUAGGGGAAAGUAAGGGAAUAUCGUACCCUGUGAUGUUAACAUUACACGGUACCACAGUCCCACCACAGAACCAAGCUGAUAGCUAUAAAUAUAUGGUCAAUGAUGAAUUUAUUUUUGGAGUUGAUGGUAUGUGGUUGUUAGCACCUACUAGACAUGGAGCUCACAACUGGGAAGGUCCUGGUUUAUUAACAGCUUUAAGAUCUAUUGAAGCUCUGAAAGAGUUAGUCGAAGAAGCCUCAUGGACGAAACCUAAAGUUGAUACAGAACAUUUAAUUAUAGCAGGUCAUUCUAUGGGGGGACAUGGAGCCUGGCAUAUAGCUACUCAUUAUCCAGAUAGAGUUAUGGCCCUUGUCAGUUUAGCGGGAUGGAUAAAGAAAGAAGAAUAUGGUGACAGCAAUUUAUUCUUUAAACAUGAUGUAUCUACAAGCCAUACAGAUCCAAUAGUCAAAUUAAUCAUGGAAUCCUGUAUUUCUGAAAAUGAUGCUGAUAAACAUGUUUCAAAUUUAAAGGGAAUGCCAGUGUUUGUUAGAAUAGGAGCUGCAGAUAAAACAGUACACCCCUAUUAUAGCCGUAGAAUGGUCAGACUGUUACAUGAAGCUAGUGUCCAGGUUCAAUAUACAGAAUUACCUGGUAAAGAACAUUGGUGGUGGGAUACCAGUAAGACCAAUGAUGGUGGUGCUGUCAAUGAUGAACCAAUCAGAGACUUUGUUACUAAACACCUAUUAACCAAUCAGAAAGGAUCUUGUUCAGUCGAUGGUAAUUGUGAAAAUGAGGAAGGCUGGUCUAAAUAUCAGUCCAGUGAUACAGAGUUUGUUUUAUCUACUGUAAAUCCAGCUUUAGGUUCUGGGUUAAAAGGUUUAAGAAUCUUACAACAGAUUAUUCCUUACAGAACAAGUGAUAUAAAGGUGAAAAAAGAAGGUGAGAAGAUAACUCUGAUUACUACCAAUGUUAAAAGAUUUGAACUACAAGAUUCUAGUAUACGUGGGAUAGAUUGGGAGAACUAUGAUAUAUACAUUGAUGAUACACAUUAUCCACAGUCAGAGAUCUCACAAAUGUACCAACAUCAGUUACAUUAUUUUAAAUUGCGUGAUGGUAAAUGGCUUAUAACACAUGAAGAUAUUUACAAGCUUGGUGAAAGAGGACCAGAAAAUUUGGGUCCAGCCAGAAGAAUAGCUGAAAAAGAUUUUAUACUAGUUGUUGGUUCUAGUGGUAAUAAUGAAGACAUCAAUAAAUUAUUAUUAGAAUCCAGUGUAUAUAUAGCCAAUUUAUUUUUAUUAACAUCAGAUACAAUAGCUAAUAUAGUAUUAGAUAUUGAGAUAACAGCUAAUCAAUUAGAAAAUAAAAAUAUAAUACUACUUGGUUCACCAGAAGAAAAUAAAUUUACUGGUGAUUAUUUAUCAAAAUUACCAGUCAGAUUAAAAGAUAACAGUAUAACUUUAGGAACUUGUAAAUACACCAACCAAACCAAUACAGGUUUAUUCACCCUAGCUCCUCAUGGCCAGAGAAAUUUAGCUUUAAUUCUAUUUGGUAGUAAUAAAGAAGGUCUAAAAGAUGUGAUAUCAUUAGCUAAACCUACCAUUCCACCAAUGACUAGAUCACCUUUUUCUAACUUGUUACCAGACUAUGUUAUAUCUGGAUCUGAAUCAAGAUGGAAGGGUCCUGGUGGUUGGCAGUGUGCAGGCUUCUGGGACAAUGAAUGGAAAUAUCAACAAUAUCUCUCUUCAUGUAUUUGUUAG